AUGUCGAAGUACCUCAUUCCGGUGUGUGCGUCGAUUUCGCUCGUCGCUGUCGUCUGCUCGCUUAUCGCGAUGCACACGAUCGUCGUCGACAUCGACUCGAUGCGAGACGAGAUCGUCUUCGGAGUGCACGAGAUGAAAAUGCUGUCUGAUGAUGCCUGGAACCGAAUGACUGCAAUGAAGAUGUCGCCAUCGAUGGAUGCCAGCACUGAGGUGGCCUUUGCAAGCAUCUUCUCGCGUGCCAAGAGAUCCGAUUACCAAUCGCAAUGCAACUGCGACAAUAACUCACAAGGCUGCCCACCAGGACCGCCGGGACCACCAGGAACUCCAGGAGGUCGUGGAGAGCAAGGACCACCAGGAGACAAGGGACGUGAUGGAGCUUCAGGAAUCUCUCUCGCCGUCACCCACGAAUUGCCGGGAGGUUGCAUCAAGUGCCCACAAGGACCACCAGGAGAGCCAGGACCAGACGGUCCAGUCGGACAGCCAGGAUUCCCAGGAGCCAAUGGAAACCAAGGACCAGCCGGAGAUGACGGAGCUCCAGGAGAGCCAGGAAUUCGUGGAGACCAAGGACCAUCUGGAGAACCAGGAGCCGAAGGAUCCCAGGGUCCAACCGGUCAGGAUGGUACCACCGGAGCACCAGGGCUCCCAGGACAGCCAGGAACCCCUGGAUGGCCAGGACCACAAGGAGAGCCAGGAAGGAAUGGAGAGCCAGGAACCGACGGCGAGCAGGGACCAGAAGGACCACAGGGACCAGAUGGACAGCCAGGAAGAAACGCCGAGAACGGACAACCAGGAUUGCCAGGAAAAGACGGAAGCAUUGGACCAGACGCCAAUUACUGUCCAUGCCCAGCUCGUGCCAAUAAGCACUAA